AUGAGACUAGUCGACAACACAGGUUCUUCCAAUGAAGCGAUCCCCGUGAGGGAGGCUUCCCAGAGGAAGGCUAAUGUGGCAGGGCAAGAGGUGGCCAUCAGCGCCAUUGACGGUUACGAUGCCGAGCUGCGUGACAUCAACAAAAAGGUAGCAAUUGCACAUCUGCGUUCCAGGGAAUUACGUGAAACUAAAGCUUCGAAACAGAUCUUUGACAAUCCAGAGCUCGGAUACGAGGAGUUCCAGGCUCACGACAACAUUGUCGCUCUGCUCCGUUCCCUCGAGUUUGAGGUGACGCCACACGCCUUUGGCGUGCAGACGUCCUUUUCGUGCGAAGUCGGGCAGGGCGGGCGCGUCGUUGUGUACAACGCCGAGUACGACGCGCUGCCUGGCAUCGGGCACGCCUGCGGGCACAACCUCAUCGCGACCUCCUCGAUCGCCUCCUUCCUCGGCGUGGCCGCCGCGCUCAAGGCCUCGGGCAAGCCGGGCCGCGUGCGGCUGUACGGCACGCCCGCGGAGGAGGGCGGCGGCGGCAAGGUGAGGCUCAUCGAGGCGGGCGCGUACCAGGACGUCGACGCGUGCUUGAUGGUGCACCCGGGGCCGCCGAUGCCGCCGCCGCAGGGUAGCCACGGCCACGGCGGUUGCUGCGUGCCGACGGGCGCGGCGUACGGCCGGUCACUGGCGAACACAAAGUUCAACGUCACGUUCACGGGGCAGGAAGCGCACGCGGCGAUGGCGCCGUUCCAGGGUCGCAACGCGCUCGACGCGGUCGUGCUCGGGUACAACGGCGUCAGCAUGCUGCGGCAGCAGACGCGCCCGUACGACCGGAUACACGGCGUGAUCCUCAGCGGAGGCACGCGGCCCAACGUCAUCACCAGCUUCACCAAGACGCAGUACUAUGUGCGCAGCGCCACGCUCAAGGAGGCGUCCGCGCUGGAGACGAGGGUCAAGGCCUGCAUGGACGGAGCAGCGACUGCCACGCAGUGCGGAGUCGACUACGAAAUGGAUGACCCGUACGCGGACCUUCGUCCCAACCGCACAAUCUGUUCGCUGUACGCGGAUGCCAUGGCCCUGCCGGCCAUUGCCUCGCCCGUCACCUGCGACUUCGAGCAUGCCCCGAUGCUGCCCGGCUCUACGGACCAGGGCAACGUCUCGUACGUGGUGCCGAGCUUCCACGGUGGCUUCGCCAUCCCGUGCCCACCGGGCGCGUACAACCACACCAAGGGGUUCACGGCGUGCGCGGGAACGGCCGAGGCGCAUAAGCUGGCCAUCGAUGCCGCAAAGGGCAUGGCGGUCGCGGGUUUGGCGGUUCUGACGGACGAGGCCGUGGCUGCAAAGAUUUGGGAGGACUUCAAGGCGGACCGGGCGUUGGACGAGAAGACGACGGACUAG